CACGCGUGGGGAGCAAUGGGGAUGUUCAGAGCUGCUCCCUCCUGCUCUGCCUGGAGGACAGCACAGGAGAGCAGCCCCGGGUGUUUUGCAGCCCCCUGCGUUCCUCACCCGCGAGGGGAGGCUGCACCGGCGGAGCCGGGAUGGAGGGGGCUGGGGGCCGCCUCUCGCUGCUGCGGGGGGAAAGGCCGGUGCUACCCCCCGACUUCCCCCGUCCAGCUCGGCGGCAGGUCGGUUUGCAGAGAUGCCGGAGAAGCGAGGCCGGUCCCCGUUCCCCCCUCCCGCCUCCCCAGCGCUCCGGGCGGGGCCGCUGUAACCCGAGCGCGUCCCUACAAAGUGCCCGCGCCCCCGAGGCGGCGGCAGAGCGGGGCCGGAGCCAGCCCGGAGCGAGCCCCAGCCCUGCCCGCAGCCGGAACCGUCCCGAGCCCGGAGCCGACCCCGGCCCUGCCGCCAUGGGGCCACGGUGUGGGGCUCGGCGGCGCUGAGCCCGCUGUCCCCGGACUUUGCCCCGGCCCGCGCAGCGCAGGCGGCUCCGCCGCAGGAGCCCGUCACCGCCGGGUGGGACCCCCGCGCGGGGGGGCCUGGAAGAUGCGGCCGCUCUUGCAGGUCGUGGCGGGGCUGCUGCUGGCGGCGGCUGCCCGGGGCAGGGCGAUGGAGCCAGAGCUAUUUGAGAGACCCUUGCUGGAGUCAGAAGACGAACAUCUCCUACUGGACCCAGGCAACACAUUGAAGCUGUACUGUGACGCCAACCAGAGUGGUGCCAGUGUGGUCUGGUACAAGGAGUCCCGGCCACUUGUCUCGGGGGGUCGCAUUCAUCUCCGUCAGAGCCUGCUGGAGAUCUCAGAGGUUGCCUACGAGGACUCGGGGCUCUACGUGUGCCGGGCACGGGGAACUGGAGAGGUCCUGCGCAACUUCACCAUCUCUGUCGUGGACUCCCUGGCGUCAGGUGAUGAUGAUGAAGAUAGUGAUGGGGACAGUCCCCACGGAGACAGAAAUGAGGGGUCUGUCUAUGUGCACAGAGCUCCUUACUGGACUCACCCACACCGGAUGGACAAGAAGCUGUAUGCAGUCCCUGCUGGGAACACGGUGAAGUUCCGCUGCCCGGCCUCAGGCAGCCCCAGCCCCAGCAUCCGCUGGUUCAAGAAUGGGCGCGAGUUCCGAGGGGAGCACCGCAUCGGGGGCAUCCGGCUCCGGCACCAGCACUGGAGCCUGGUGAUGGAGAGCGUGGUGCCUUCUGACCGCGGCAACUACACUUGCCUGGUGGAAAACAGGUUUGGGAGCAUCCGCUACAGCUACCUCCUGGACGUGCUGGAGAGGUCCCCGCACAGGCCCAUCUUGCAGGCUGGGCUGCCCGCCAAUACCACAGCCCUGGUGGGCAGCGAUGUGGAGUUCUUCUGCAAGGUCUACAGUGAUGCCCAGCCCCACAUCCAGUGGCUGAAGCACAUUGAAGUGAAUGGCAGCAACUACGGCCCUGAUGGGGUGCCCUAUGUGCAAGUGCUCAAGACUGCAGAUAUCAACAGCUCUGAGGUGGAGGUUCUGUACCUGCGCAAUGUGUCCAUGGAGGAUGCUGGCGAGUACACCUGCCUGGCAGGGAACUCUAUCGGCCUCUCCUACCAGUCUGCCUGGCUCACCGUCCUGCCAGAAGAGGAGCUGGUGCGGGAAGCUGAGGCCCCAGAGACCAAGUACACAGACAUCAUCAUCUACACCUCGGGCUCACUGGCCGUGGCCAUGGCCAUUAUUAUUGUGGUGCUGUGCCGGAUGCAGACUCAGUCGAGCAAGCAGCACCUGGAGCCUAUGGCAGUCCACAAGCUCUCCAAAUUCCCGCUCAUCCGACAGUUCUCCCUGGAUUCCAGCUCCUCCGGGAAGUCCAGCACAUCCCUGAUGCGGGUCACCCGUCUCUCCUCCAGCUGUGCCCCAAUGCUGGCUGGUGUCAUGGAGCUGGACCUGCCCCUUGACGCCAAGUGGGAGUUCCCCCGGGACAAGCUGGUGCUGGGGAAGCCCCUGGGAGAAGGCUGCUUUGGCCAGGUGGUGCGGGCAGAGGCUUACGGCAUAGACAGAGACCGGCCGGACAGAGCCGUCACCGUGGCUGUCAAAAUGCUGAAAGACAACGCCACCGACAAGGACCUGGCUGACCUCAUAUCCGAGAUGGAGAUGAUGAAGCUCAUGGACAAACACAAGAACAUAAUCAACCUCCUGGGCGUCUGCACACAGGAUGGGCCACUGUACGUGAUUGUGGAGUUUGCUGCGAAGGGGAACCUGCGCGAGUACCUCCGUGCCCGCCGCCCCCCGACCCCUGACUACGCUUUUGAUGUCAUGGCAAUGCCUGAGGAGCAGCUGUCUUUCAAGGAUCUGGUCUCCUGCGUCUACCAAGUGGCCCGUGGCAUGGAGUACCUGGAGUCCAAACGGUGCAUCCACCGUGACCUGGCUGCCCGCAACGUGCUGGUGACAGCAGAGAGUGUGAUGAAAAUCGCUGACUUCGGCUUGGCCAGGGACGUUCACGACAUCGACUACUACAAGAAAACCAGCAACGGUCGCCUGCCAGUGAAGUGGAUGGCCCCCGAAGCCCUGUUUGACCGUGUCUACACCCACCAGAGCGAUGUGUGGUCCUUUGGGAUCCUGAUGUGGGAGAUCUUCACGCUGGGGGGCUCCCCAUACCCUGGCAUCCCUGUGGAGGAGCUGUUCAAGCUGCUGAAGGAGGGGCACCGCAUGGACCGGCCAUCCAACUGCACCCACGAGCUGUACAUGCUGAUGAGGGAGUGCUGGCACGCUGUGCCCUCACAGCGCCCCACCUUCAAGCAGCUCGUGGAGGGGCUGGACAAGAUCCUGGCAGCUGUUUCAGAGGAGUACCUGGACCUCUCCAUGCCCUUCGAGCAGUACUCGCCCUCCUGCGAGGACACUGCCAGCUCCUGCUCCUCUGAUGACUCCGUCUUCACCCAUGACCCACUGCCGCUGGCUCCUCACCUCUUCUCCUACCCCAGCGUGAGGACUUAAGGGAGGGCAGGGAAGGGUGAUGCUGAAGCCACCUCUGCCCUUGCAGGGAGGGGGUCCGGGUUCCCAAAGGUACCUGCUUUGUCUGGGCUGAGCAGUGGGUGGGCAGGGCCCUGAGCCACAGCACCAGGGCAGGGUGACCCUCUCCCUGGGCUCCUUUUGGGCACUGAGCCAUCAGCCCUGGCUGAGAUCUGCCUGGUAUUGUGGGACAGCUGGAGCUAAAGCCUCUCCAUGUGGGCACUGCCUGGCAUGCCCAUGGCAUUGCCCAGGGAGAUGGGCUAUGGCCAGCGCUUCAGUGGAAGUGUCUCUGGGCAGGAGCCCCACUGCUGCCAGGCUCCUGCUGCAUCUGUACAUAGCCACAGAGAUGAAUAUUUAUGUACAUGAAAUUUCAACCUGAUAAAUUAUUUUUGGAAUACA